UUCCAUUUUUCCCACCCAAAAAAGAGACAUGGCCAGCCAGCCACCACCCUCUCCGCCCCCAUCCAUGGCGGCCGCCGGCGACGCCGCCCCGGCCGGGCUCUUCUCCGGCGUAUGGUCGCGCCUCCACGCCGCGGCUUCCAGUUGGCGCCACCGGCGAGGAGAGGCCACAGGCGACGGCGGAAACGAAGGGGAGGAAGCCGUGCGGUCGCGACUGGUGAGGCGAGCGGCGGCGGCGCGGCGGGUCGGCCGGAAGCUCGCCUUCGUAUCCUUCAACCUCGAGGUGCUUGUAUUCGUAUAUGCUUUCUGGAGGGCAAGGAGGCGGAGUUUGAGCUGGAGGCAACCCAUCCAAGCACUGCCCAUGCUCGUAAUCCCUGCUCUAGCUACACUCAUUUACGCUGCCUUCGUACGCUUCACCAGAAUGCUUGAUCUCAAGUACAAAAAAAGGCUUGAAAGGCUUCAAGAGGAGCAGCAGAAAAUUGAUAGUGAACCAAGGGAGUUCGAUCAGAACAACCAAAGAAACAUCCAGAACUGUGAUGAUAUGAACGACGCUACUAAUUCUUUGGUUGCAACUGAUUUCAUGGCACAAACUCCUAAGCUUAGUAAACAGUGCCAGUCGAGUAUUAACCUGAGAGAUGAUGUUCAAGCAGAUAUGGCUUGGGGUCAUAGCAAGGACUUCCAGCCAAUGCCAUCAGAUGGCCUACGACAGAGAAGAUUCUCAAGUGGAAAAACAUACACGACCAACAGCAGUGCUAUAGAAAGCAGUGAGGAAAGGACACAGAAAACACCAUCUGUCUCCGCACAUUCAAACCAGCAUGUACAUGUUGGUGAUAAUCACCGUUCAAGAUCUGCUAUAUCCAGCAUGCUUGCUGAACCUGCAAAUAUCCCUCAUGAAUUGCCUGCAGGAGAUGGUGAGGAAGAAGGAUUCGGUGGAUUAUGUGACACUGUGGACACUCGUUCCAGUCCCAGCAAGGAGAAUCCCACCUCCCCAGUUGGUUCUCAUAGUAGUUUCCGUGACAGUGAUGAUUCACGCUUAAGCGAACAUGGGAUUUCAUCCUUGCCACCUGUAGAAUUGUACAAAGUUAGUGAGGAACAUUCACUGUCUCUACCAGAAAAUCUUGAAUUCUCUACUGUUUUUAUUGACGAAGCUCCUGCAUCUCCACCGGAGUACUUUGUUGCUCAUAGUAUCUUAAAUGCCUUGAGCCUUAACCCAUCUGAUGUAGUACUAUCUACAUCAGGAACCUCCGAGAAGUUGCUUGCAGAAGGUGUCAAAGAGGAAUCGUUGCUUGAGUCAUACAAAUUAGCACCGCUGCACACAUAUCCUUUGACUUCAGAGAACAUCCCUACUCCAUGUUCUGUCGUUGACAGCGGAGUGAUAAUUUCUUCUGAUGAAGAGACCUAUCCAUUGCCAUCUGUCUGUAGGAAUAUUCGCAGCAGUGCAGCUAUUGUGAACAUUGAUACAGUCAGUCCUACAUUGAACCUUCUUCCAGGGUUACUUGAUCAGGGAAUCGAGGACCUAGAAUCGUCUGGCUUUCACGUAGCAGAGGAAAACAUGAUGCCAUCCAAUUUUGUUGAGGAGGUUUCAAUAUGCCCACAUGCAGUAAAGAAUAUUGAACAUUGCUUGGAGACUCCAGAGUUCUCUUUAAGCAGUCACGGGACUGAGAAAAUGGAAGUUGCUGAAAAUGUUAGGGAGUUAGCUGAAGAGGGUGGUGAGGAUGCUAGGGAGAAAGAAAUGUGUGAAUUAUACACAGAGAAGGAGAAUGAUACACUUGUCAAUCUGGAGGAUGAAGCUCCGCAAAGUGAGCAUGUGGCCAGUACUACUGAUAAGUGGUUGGAAACUUCAGAGUUCUCUUUAUGCAGCCAAGAUGCGAAGAUGACGGAAGUUCUUGGAAUUGUCAGCUCUGUUACAGUCAGUCCUGAAUUGAACUAUCCUGCAUUUCCAGAGUUACUCGCGGAGGGUGAUGAGGACUCGAAGGAGGAUGAAACGUCUGACCUGCACUUAAAUGAGCAGAAGGGCCUACCUUUUAAUCUGGAGAAUGAGCCUUUUCUGGAUACACUUGUAGUUGAUGCUGCUGAGGAUUCAUUAGUUUCACCAGAGUUUUUGUUAUGCAGUGAAGAGGUCAAGAUGGCCGAACUUCAUGAAGUUUCCGAAGAAGUUUUGUCCGAAUCAGAAGAUGAGGGAGCAUUUAAUCAUCAAAAGCUUGUUGUCGUGUCUCCAGAUGAUAGUAGUAACACUGAAAAUUUGGUAAGCAAUUCAAUGUCUGCUCAGUGUGUCCCAGACGUCAAUGUAAAAGAAGUUCUUCAAGGUGAUCAGGAAGCAUUGUCUGCGCUACCACAUGAAAGCACUUGUCAUUCCGAAGAAAUAUUCUUAUCUUCAGGUGAGAUCAAUAAUGAUAAAGUCGAAGUCCAAUCACCCUCUGGUGGUCAGGGUGGACUUCCUAAGUCUGAAGAUGAAAUGGCUUUCACUUCUCUGGAUAUUCCCAACUUGCUAGAUGAGGUUAUCAGUACAGAAAUAUUGCCAGACAACUCUGGAUCUUCUGAAUGUAUCCCCGACAGCUAUGGAAUUCAAUCUCCCCGUGACCGUGAGCACGCUCCAUCUGAAACAUUACAGGAAGUUCUUCUCGAUGGAAGUCUGGCAUCUUCAGACGAGGGCAUAAACUCUGAAAUAUUUUCGCUCUAUUCCAGAUCAUCUUCAUGUGUUUCAGAUGUUAAGAUCCCAGAAAUUCUCAGAGGUGGCACAUCUUCUGAACCUGAAAAUGAUCUUGAUUUUAGCUUUGAUGAGAGGCACCCUGUGAUAUUUCCCAACAUGGACUGUACAGAAAAUUAUGCAAACAACCCGAGGACUGCUGUUAUUCUAGAGGCCAACAUGAUUGAAACUCUAAAUGUUGCUGAAGAAGCAACUGCUGGUUCACUACAUGAAGUUUCUUCAAACUUUUUGGGCACUCUUGUAGCUCCAGAUGUAAGCAAUGGCACGAGACAAUCAGAUAAACAGUUGGACUUACUGUCCUCUUCGUUUGCUCCAAUAGUCGAUGCAUUUGAGCCAUUGCAAACUGGUCAGGGGUUCUCUGAGAUGCAAUGUGAAAAUGAUUUUACUUUUCAGGAGACUAAAAUGUCUCCUAAGGAGGUCAACAAUGCUGAAAAUUAUUUGGCCAAUACAAGUGAUGAUGAUCAAGAUGGCAACAAAACAUCAACUGUAGCUCUGCAAACUGCUGAACCAAGGUUGUCCGAGUCUCAGUAUGAAGACAUUUUUACUCUUCCAAGGACCUACAUGUCUCCUGAUGAUAUUAAUGAUACUCAGACUUAUUUGUCUAAUGAUUAUGCUUCGGAUCUUCCCCAGAAAGUGGAGAGUCAUUGCCCCAGCGAAAAAGAAUCACCUCAGGACCCCUUAAGUUUUGAGGAGAUUUUGGUUUUACCAGACGGAGUUUCCCAAGCUGCAAAUGAUUUAGGCAGUGUGAAGUCACCGUCAUGUUCUAAAGAGGUCAACUUAGCUGCACCUUUGGGGAUUGAUCAGGAAGAGACUCAGCAACAAGAUGAGACCAUAUUGCGUGUUGAGGAUGUUUACGCUUCUGAAAAUCAUUUUAGCAGUUCAGAGUCCGUAGAUGUUCCAGAAACCAUUCUGGCGGAGACUCUUCAGGGUGCAGAUAGAUUAUCAUCUGAGAUACUUUACGAUGGCAUCUUCAGUUUUGAGGGGACAUCAAUAUCCCUAGAUGGUGACAACAAUGUUGAGAAAAUUUCUAACAAUUCAGGUUCUGCUGUGCAUACUGCACAGAUUAACACGACAAGUCUUCUUGGUCUUCAAGAAGGAUCUUUGAAGCCAGAAUCUGUCUCUGCUUCAUCUUGUAAUGACAUCAGCAUCAUGGAGGCUCCCCAAGAACUGCCCACAAAUGCUGGAAGUGAAAAAGUUUUCUCUAAGGACAAGGAACCAAAAGAAGCUGAACCUGAGGAAAUGAAAGAGGAUUUAGAAGACUUGGAUGGCGACCAUGUGAAUAUUCCCAUCGAUCCUUUUGGUGUAGAUGAAAUUGCAACUGCUCUGGUACCAAUGCCUUCUUUGGAAAUUUAUGCACAAGAUGCUACUUGGAGAGAUUCAGCAAAGGGGACAAGCAGUAAUAACACUGAGAACAGUACAGUGUGUGAGCUAGCUGACAUGCAGUAAACCGAAUCUGUUGGUGAUGAUACUGAACCAAUUAGUACUCCUCUACCUUCAUCAGUUGCUACUGAUACUCAAAGCAGAUCAAAUGGUAUGACUAAACGUGUUUCAGUAGAGCAUCCUCAAAAGAGUGUGUAAAAGCUUGCAACUGGAGCUGGUUCUGUCAUGCUUUUGGUAAAGAUUCUAAUACUGGAGACGGGAGAAGUGCAACAUAUCAAAGUUUGAGUAAGCAUUGUUGUUACUAGUUUUGUGUGGUCAGAGAACGAGAGCAAGAAGUCCGAUGCAUGGAUUGUUUUUGUACAAAGUGAUAUGAGAGUUCACAAAAGUCGUCUUCCCGAGG